AUGCUUAAAAGACUGAAAACAUUACUAAGAAUUGGAACACAGACUUAUUUAUGUGAAAUUAAAUAAAGGAAUUUAGAGUUUUGUGAUCCAAAUUUUACAAUUCACUUUAAUAUGUAGUAAAUAACAUGUAUGAGAAAUCCGAUAAAAUGGAGAUCUGGAAGUUUGACUUGUGAUAAAAUAAAGGGUAAUUUGAAUAAUUUGUGUCAAAAUAUGCUGUAAUAGCUAAGAAAUUUUAUAAACUUUUUAUCAAUUAAAAAGAUGAUAGUUUGAAAUAACUGAAUAAAAGAAAAAACUGAAUUCAUUUUAAUAAACCUUUCCUU